GAUAUAUAGAUCAGAGAGAAGCGAUUGAGAGAGUGUGUGUGUGUAUCAGACUUCAAAGAGAUGGAAGACAAAAGGGCUGCGGGUGCCAUGUCUUGCCGAGCACUAAGAAAGGCGAAACCUUACUUGGCCAUGGUCUCCUUGCAGUUUGGAUUUGCAGGAAUGUACAUCGUCUCCAUGGUCUCUUUGAAGCGAGGCUUGAGUCACUACGUCCUUGCAACUUACCGUCACGUAGUUGCCACGAUAUUGAUUGCUCCCUUUGCAGUUGUUUUUGAAAGGAAAAUACGACCAAAAAUGACUCUGCCGACCUUCCUAAGAAUUGUGGCGCUCGGUUUCUUGGAGCCGGUGCUCGAUCAGAACUUCUAUUAUCAGGGAAUGAAGAUCACCUCAGCAGCAUUUGCAUCUGCCGCUAUCAAUAUGCUCCCCGCCAUAGCCUUCAUAAUGGCGAUCAUGUUCAGGUUAGAGACCGUGAAUUUCAAGAAGUUACAUAGUGUAGCGAAGGUGGUGGGCACAGUAAUCACGGUCAUGGGAGCCAUGGUCAUGACUUUGUACAAAGGCCCCAUCAUCGAUUUCAUAAAGGGGAGAGGACAGAGCCACCACAAAACCAGCACCCAGUCCUCCGUGGAUGAUCAGCAUUUCGUCACCGGCACCUUAAUGCUCCUAGCCAGUAGCAGCAGCUGGGCCGGUUUCUUCAUAUUGCAAUCGUUUACGUUGAAGAAGUACCCGGCUGAGCUGUCUCUCACAGCAUUGAUAUGCUUAAUGGGCAUGGUGGAAGGUGCAAUCGUGACGCUUGUGAUGGAACGUGACCUCACUGUCUGGGCUAUCGGCUGGGAUUCUAGGCUCAUUGCCCCUGUUUACUCUGGGGUAGUUUGCUCUGGAAUCGCAUAUUAUGUACAAGGAGUUGUAAACAGGGAACGAGGCCCUGUGUUCGUCACGACUUUCAGUCCACUGUGCAUGAUCAUCACUGCCGUUCUAGGCCUCAUCGUUUUAGCCGAGCAAAUCCACCUUGGAAGUGUCAUUGGAGCCAUUGUCAUAGUACUGGGGCUUUACACAGUGGUGUGGGGUAAAAGCAAAGAUAUUCUUCCAAACUCAAAAGGUAUCGUAGCCGAUGAGAAAGGAACCUCCCAGGAGUUGCCAAUCACAGUCGACAUGACCAGUGCUAAUAGAUCAUCAUCAAUCGCCAGUAUUGAUCACAUCAACAAAGAUGUAGUUGCCGGGGUGUCAAAGAUUCCAGCAGCAUUAACAGUCGACCCCCAUCGCUAGGGACGUUCUUUAAUAUGAGAGAGUGAUCUUUAAUUAUUUACAAAUCAUGAUGACUCUUUCUGAUCUUUGUCUCCAAGUACUAGGACUCGUAGAUGCAUGCAUAUAUAUUGCGCGCGCUCGCUUUAAAUAUACAUGUAUGUUUUGAAUUUUGAAGUUCGUCGAGAUCGAUUAUAGAUUACGAUCGAUGUGAGACAUGAAUAUAAGAGAGUAUAUAUAACUAUUAUAUAUGAUAUUGUGCCCUGAGGUUUGGAUACUCCAUUUUCUUUUUAUCCUACUUUUGUU